AUGGGAAGUGGCUAAUCUAUUAAAUAAAGAUCAUUAGUUAGUUGUUUAAAAUUUCUAAUAGAAGAUGUUGAACUAUAUGCAGAUGAGAAAUUGUUGGGCUAUUUAGGAGAAACUUACAUAAAAUUUUCUUGUAAUGAUUAAAAAAAAGGGUAAAUUGUGUAUAGAAUAUUUUUUUUAGAUAGAAAUUGAUAAAAAUUAUUAGGAAAUGCAUUCCACUUUAAAUUAUGCAAUUUGAGGAUGUCUUACUCAAAGAUAUAAGUUCAGCCUUUUAAUACUAAUUAAUUGCCAACAAAUCUAAUAAUAAAUAGAGAUAAUUCUAAAAUUAUAAAUUAGAUUCAGAUUUUGUCAGAAACUUUAGAUUAAUGAAUUUUGAAAAGUUGAAUUUGAAGUAUGCAGGAGAAUAUGAAGAUUCACUAAUAUAAUUAUAUCAAGGACUCAAAACAUAUUGCAACUUAGCAGAUUAGAUUAUUAAAGAACUCAAAAAUAAUCAUUUAGUGUAAAGCUAGGUUUAUGCAUUGAUUUGGGAGCAUUUUUAAAAUCAUUUAAUUUAAUUUUCUAAGGAUCCAUUUUAUGAUUUGAAUCCAAUUAAUAAAAUUUUUGAUGAGAAAUACUAUAAAUUAACACCGCAAUUAAAAAUUGAAAUAAUUGGAGGUAAGUUAUGGGGAUGCUUUGUUUAAUAAUUAGAUGUUCAUUUCAUACUUAAUGAAUUUAGAAUUGCUAGAAGAUCCAAUAAUUAAAAAUAAAUUCAAUUUAAUCAUUUAUUUAAUUCAAUAAUUGAUAUGAAUAUUGAUGUUGCAAAUGUAUAAUGGAUUGGAAGUAGUUGCUUCUAAUUUUCAGAUUAACUUAAAGAUAUUAUCGAAUUUAUUCAAAAAGAUUCAUAAGAGUUAAUGAAUAAUCUCUAUUUUGAAUCAAAUGGUGAUUUAUUAGAAUUUUUUGAUAAAUGGAAAAAGGAUAACAUUUUUCUUAAAUCAUCCAUACCAUAAUGGAUUUGUGAAAAUUAUUUUGAUACCCUUUUCUUUGAAUUUUCUGAAGAGAAAAUAAAAGAGAACUUCAAGUUGCUUUCGAAAGUUGAAUUAUAAUAAAUUAUAGAGAAAUACUCAUAUUAAGAAGUUAGACCUGAUGGAAUGUGCAUUGAACAAGAUUUUUAAUAGCCACUUAAUUCAAACUUUUCUUAGUAUGAUGAAUACUUAUAUUAAAAUAUGGAAAAAAUCUUAAACAAAAUGAUAGAUUGGUUGAAAGAAGAAAAUUUGUUAAGUGACAUACUUUUAAUCAGUGAAAGCACUUAAUAAGGAGGAAGUGCUGCAAUCAAUUAUUAAGAUAUUCAUAAUUGUAUAUUCGAGGAAAAUGAAUAUUAAGUAUAAAGACAUUCAAAAUAAGAAGUUUAAAGUUUGAUUCAAUAUUAACUUCCAGUAUCAAAUAUUAUGAGUGGAUAAGAGGAUAGGAUAGUAAGGAUAUGUAAAAAAUAUAAUUAAGUCAAGAAUUUAAUUGUAUCUAAUAUUCAUUACAGAGAUCAAAAUGUUUAAUUUAGAAACAGAGGAAUGAAUUCUAUUUCAAAUAAGUUACUUGACUUUUUCAGCUUUACUAAACCAGUCAAUGAAAAUUAUUGCAUAGAAAUCAUUAAUUAUCUCGGAAAUCAAAAAUUAAUAGACAAACAAUUAGUAAAUGGUGCUUUUUAAAAUGGUAAUAUGGAACAAUAUUAAGGAUCUAUAGCAGCACAAUUACUAUCUUUAGAAAAAUGA